AUGCUGGUCUUUGUAUUUUCAGAUCAAGUGGAAACACUUGGUUUGUUGCACGAUGUUGAAACUGAUUUGUUUCGUGCUCAAGAACCAGAAACAUCAAAUAUGGAAAUAGAAAGCAUUGCUGAUCCAUCAUUAAAUUCUCUUGUAUUAUCGAAUGUAUCAAAUUCUGAAAAAGUCAAAUGGAGCAUCGACCCAGUUGAAGCAUUAAAGAAUCCACAUGUAAUACUAGCACGUCUUUUAUCAAAAUGUAAACAAAUUCUUUUGUCAACAUCACCAAUCAUAACGAAAACGUGCUGGAAUCGUCGUUUUGGUGGGGAUGGAAAUUUAUGUUUAUCAGCUAUAAAGUUAUUGAUGACGGCAGAUUUAUUAGAAGAAGGCAAUUUUGUAACUAGUACUACUAAUACAUAUGUUAGUUGGAUGAAGAAAUUGCCAUCUGUUACGAAUAAUAUUUCGGAUACAUUAGAAUUUCAACAAAUGAAACUAAAUAUCUUUAAUGUUACAUGGCAACAAUAUGCAUCGUCAUUCAAGGAAGCAACAUUUGGUCAUAGUAACAGAUUCUCAUUUGUAUCACCAGAAGCAGCUGAAAUUCUUCGAAGUAAACCAUAUAGUGAUAUUGGCUUUAUACUUAAUGAGUCAGCUGUUCUAACAAAAAAAGGUAAAUGCAUAUUAGCGGCGGCGCCAGGAAUUUUGAACUGA